GAACAUUAGCCACAGUGAGAGUACAUCACCUCCCCCUGGGCCUGCCCUCUGAGUCAGACCCCUCUCUUAAAGCACUGGACUCCUUUCCUGGUAUUAUCUGUCUUGUUUCUUAAAGGAAGCCAGAAAGAAGGAGAGCUCCCUCUGGUUGCCAUGAACUCUGCAGUUGGCUGCGGCUGUGAGUCCCCCAGCUGCAUGAGGGGUGAUGGUGUGCUCAGCUCCCACACUGAAGGCCAAGGCAAGAAACAGGAUGGGCCGCAGAAGGAUCCCAACAGCAGCCACCUGGCCUAUGGUAUCCUGGAUAACCCACCAUGGUAUCUCUGCAUCUUCUUGGGGAUCCAGCACUUCCUCACAGCCCUGGGGGGUCUCGUGGCUGUGCCGCUCAUCCUGGCCAAGGACCUGUGCCUGCAGCAUGACCCUUUGACCCAAAGCUACCUCAUCAGCACCAUUUUCUUCGUCUCGGGCAUCUGUACCCUCUUGCAAGUGUUUUUAGGAGUCAGGCUGCCAAUUCUUCAAGGAGGGACCUUUGCCUUUGUGGCUCCCUCUCUGGCCAUGCUGUCCCUUCCUGCCUGGAAAUGCCCAGAGUGGACUCUCAAUGCCAGCCAGGUGAACACCAGCUCUCCUGAAUUCACUGAGGAGUGGCAGAAGAGGAUCCGAGAGUUGCAGGGUGCUGUCAUGGUGGCUUCCUGUGUCCAGAUGCUGGUGGGUUUCUCCGGCCUCAUUGGGUUUCUCAUGCGCUUCAUCGGCCCCCUGACCAUUGCUCCGACCAUUACCCUCGUGGCCCUGCCUCUCUUUGACUCUGCUGGCAGUGAUGCUGGGAUCCACUGGGGGAUUUCUGCCCUGACCAUCUUCCUCAUCGUGCUCUUUUCUCAGUACCUCAAAAACGUCAUGGUUCCUGUGCCCGUUUAUGGAGGAGAGAAGAAGUGUCACAUCUCCAAGUUCAACCUGUUUCAGGUCUUCCCUGUGCUGCUAGCUCUGUGCCUCUCAUGGCUCUUUUGUUUCGUGCUCACUGUCACCAACACCCUCCCCAAGUCCCCCAUGGCAUAUGGACACAUGGCCCGUACAGACACCAAAGGCAGUGUUCUGAGCCAGGCCCCCUGGUUCCGCUUCCCUUACCCAGGACAGUGGGGCCUCCCCACCGUCAGCCUGGCCGGCGUCUUUGGAAUCAUUGCUGGAGUGAUCUCCUCCAUGGUGGAAUCUGUGGGUGAUUAUCAUGCCUGUGCCCGACUGGUUGGAGCCCCACCCCCUCCAAAGCAUGCCAUCAACCGUGGCAUUGGCAUCGAGGGCCUUGGCUGCCUGCUGGCAGGGGCCUGGGGGACCGGGAAUGGUACCACAUCCUACAGUGAGAAUGUCGGGGCACUGGGUAUCACCAGGUUCUGCACAUCUUCAUGUACCCGAAUCCUCCCCUUCUGGCCCAGGAUAGACCACCGCGGAGAUGAGGUGGGAGCGAGCCAGAUCACUCUGUGUUCCCAGACCUCCUCUGGAACUCAACUGUGGAGUGUUACAGAAACCAAGAUGUGAAUAGAAUGGCCCCACCCCAUCUUCUCAUAGCCAAACUCUGGCCUGCAAAACGGAAAGAUCUCUGUUCACAAAUAGUCACACAAAGAUCCUUCCAGGACCUUCUGCACCCAGGUACUGUGGUGGCUAAGCAGUGAUGAUGAAGAACAUGAUCAGUCUGGAGAAGACCUCAGGGCAUCCUUCUGCUGUCUCCUGGACGAGACAGAGUGGACGAUGGGUCUGGGAUCUCCACAGAAGCCUGCUCUUCUCCAAAGCUUGGCAAUAUUCUGGUGGAUGGGGAGGAAGAGGUGUGCUGUGGGACAGGGGCAGGCUGUUUGCUGAAAGGUGAUGGAGCCAGGCAGCCUGUAAUCCCAGCCAAUCCAGAGGCUUCACAGGAAGAUCAUAGACUUAUUAGGUCUACAAACUGACUUUAAGGCUACCUGGGCAACUUGGCAAGAUCCUGUCUCAAAAUAAAAAAGUAAAAACCAAGCUAGGGAUACUGGAGAGAUGGCUCAGUGGUUAAGAACACUUGUUGUUCUUCCUGAGGACCCAGGUUCAAUUCCCAGUACCCACCUGGUGGCUCCCAGCCAUCCUCAACUCCAGUUCCAGGGGAUCUGACACCCUCUUCUGACCUUUGUACCAGGAACAUAUG